AUGACAACAUCUAAUGCAUUGUCGUCAUGCACCGAGUCCGCAGCCGCGUUCACGUUGGGAGCGCACACGCUUUCCGUGUCAUUGGAAAUUCACGCGGAAAAUCGACAGCGACUAGUUGGCUGUCUUUGGCAAAAGUACGGACCCGAUAUCAAAGGCUCCUUUGUUCUUCUUUGCGGUGGCACUUCUCGCGAUGCUGUGUGGUACGCGUCGGACGCCGGGGAACCAUUUAAACAGGAGUGUUUCUUUCACUGGGCAUUUGGUGUGCUGGAACCCGACUGGCUCGGUGGACUGAAUGUCGAUACUGGGAAGUCGUACUUGUUCAUGCCCAAACAGAAUGUACGUGCAUUUAUUAUUUUUUGCAAGUUGGAUUUUUGCAUUAGUGUGAUGCUUUUUGUGAUCAUGGAGGACGUUAACAUUUCAAAGUGGCGUUACGCGUCAGGCAGGCUACUGAAUGAGUCCAUGAUAAAAUCAGGCGUUUUCCCAUCUCAAAAGUUCUUUCGUCAUGUGGUGCCUAAUGCUGUUGACGAAGUGUUGUAUUUGGAUGAGAUCGUGUCUCUGUUGAAUGAUAUGGUGCCUACGCGGUUGCUUACGUUGCGUGGACGCGGAACAGAUUCUGAAGUUUGGACUCGAGAAGCCCAGUUUGAAGGAAUCAACAAGUUUUUCGUGGACAACGCCGUGCUUCAUCGCGCCAUGGUCGAUUGUCGCGUUCGAAAGGUGAUUAAUUAUGUGAUACGCGUGUCGAAGUCGCUUACAGAGGCCAAGCGGCGCUUCCAGUCGAGUCUACGCGAGCACCUUCAUUACUUCUUACGCGCAGGGCCUAUGAUGGAAUACCAUUUAGAAGCAAUUUUCAAGCACCACAUAUUCUAUUACGGCGGAAUGCGGCGAACUGCCUCCAUUUGCGUUUGCGGAAGCGGUCCGAACGCCUCCAUUUUACGCUACGGAAACUCCAUCAUGCCCAACGAUCGGUUAAUCCGGGACGGAGACUUGUGUUUGCUGGACAUGGGCGGAGAAUAUUAUGGUUAUGCAUCGGACAUAUCCCUGACUUUUCCCAUCAACGGGAUAUUUUCCGAGGACCAGAAGGCGAUUUACAAUGCCGUUCUCAGAGCGAGCAAAUCCAUUCUUUCGCUGAUUCGUCCGGGCGUCUCAUUUCCGGACAUGCACCGCGUUGCAGAGCGAGUGAUUCUUGAGGAUUUGAUCAAAGUCGGAAUCCUCAAAGGAGACCUUGAAAACAUGUGGAAGUUGAACGUGGCUGCAGUGUUUAUGCCACAUGGUGUCGGGCAUCUGCUUGGCCUGGAUGUGCAUGACGUGGGCGGUUACGCAGAAGGUACUCCGCCGAGACCGCAGCUUGACGCUUUACCCGGGAUCUACUUCAUUGACGCUCUUUUGGACGCUGCUAUUCAGUCAGGAGACUCGAGGUCAAGUUUCUUCGAUGUUGACGUGUUGCCGCGGUUUCGGGGAUUUGGUGGGGUGAGAAUAGAGGAUGACGUGGUGGUGACUUCAGAAGGGUGUGAAGUACUGACCGCGUCCAUCCCACGGAGUGUGGCGGACAUCGAGACUGUGAUGGCAGAAGGAAGAAAAUUGACCGUGUCUUUGCCGGAGCCGUUGUGUUCUGCUGGUGCUUGUGCUACGAGUCCCACGAACCCUCUGACUUCUUCGUGA